CUGGGAAUCUCCAUCCUCAACGGAGGCAACAGCGAUGUGCAGCAGAAAAUGUUGGACUACCUGAAGGAUAAGAAGGACGUGGGCUUCUUCCUGAGCGUUCAGGCUCUGAUGCAGACCUGCAGCGUUUUGGACUUGAAUGCAUUUGAGAGACAGAACAAGGCAGAAGGACUUGGGAUGGUUUCAGAGGAGGGCGGCAAUGAGAAAGUGAUGGCGGAUGACGAGUUCACCUGUGACCUGUUCCGCUUCCUGCAGCUCCUUGACUUUUACUGGUAUUACUCGGGAAAAGACAUCAUCGAUGACCCCGGAAAGAGGAAUUUCUCCAAAGCCAUGACGGUGGCUAAGCAAGUCUUCAACAGCCUGACUGAGUACAUCCAGUCUCUGGCCCACAGCCGGCUGUGGGACGCCGUGGUGGGCUUCCUGCACGUCUUCGCCCACAUGAUGAUGAAACUGGCUCAGGACUCCAGUCAGAUCGGGCUCCUGAAGGAGCUCCUGGACCUUCAGAAGGACAUGGUGGUGAUGCUGCUGUCCCUGCUUGAAGGCAACGUGGUGAACGGCACCAUCGCCCGGCAGAUGGUGGACAUGCUGGUGGAGUCGUCCAGCAACGUGGAGAUGAUCCUCAAGUUCUUCGACAUGUUCCUGAAGCUCAAAGACAUCGUGGCGUCCGACGCCUUCCGCGACUACGUGACCGACCCCCGGGGCCUCAUCUCCAAGAAGGACUUCUCCAAGGCCAUGGACAGCCAGAAGCAGUACUCCCCCUCGGAGAUCCAGUUCCUCCUCUCCUGCUCCGAGGCCGACGAGAACGAGAUGAUCAACUUCGAGGAGUUCGCCGACCGCUUCCAGGAGCCGGCCAAAGACAUCGGCUUCAACAUCGCGGUGCUGCUCACCAACCUGUCGGAGCACGUGCCCCACGACACCCGGCUGCAGAACUUCCUGGAGCAGGCGGAGAGCGUGCUCAACUACUUCCGGCCCUUCCUGGGCCGCAUCGAGAUCAUGGGCGCCAGCCGGAGGAUCGAGCGCAUCUACUUCGAGAUCAGCGAGGCCAACCGCAACCAGUGGGAGAUGCCCCAGGUGCGGGAGUCCAAGCGGCAGUUCAUCUUCGACGUGGUGAACGAGGGCGGCGAGAGCGAGAAGAUGGAGAUGUUCGUCAACUUCUGCGAGGACACCAUCUUUGAGAUGAACAUCGCCGCCUCCAUCUCCGAGCCCGAGGGCGACGGCGAGGAGGAGGAGGACGAGGAGGAGGAGGAAGAGGGCGGGGGGGACGAAGGGGAGCCCGGGGAAGGGGAGGAGGGCAACGGCGAGGGCGCCGUCCCGGAGUCCGCCUCGGCCUUCGCCGAAUUCAUCAAGAGUGUGGUGAACUUCUUCAACAUGUUCACCUUCCGAAACCUCCGGCGGCGCUACCGCAAACUGAGGCGGAUGACCAUCAAGGAGAUGGUGGUGGGGCUGGUCACCUUCGUCUACACGGUGCUGAUGGGCGUCCUGGUCUUCGUCUACAACGUCUGCAAGGGCUUCUUCACGCUCGUCUGGAAGGCACUGUUCGGCGGCGGCCUGGUGGAGGGCGCCAAGAAGAUGACCGUCACCGAGAUCCUGGCCAGCAUGCCCGACCCGACCCAGGACGAGGUCCACGGAGACCUGCCCCCAGAGCCGGGAGCCAGGGAGGUCCAGGACGCGGACGGGGGGGCGGACCACUUGGAUUCCGGUGGAGGGGAAGAGGAAGACGAGGGCGGGGAGGAAGGGGAAGGCGGGCGCCUGCCUGGGUUCAACACCCCUGGAGGACUUGGGGACUUUGGAGAGACGACCACAGAGGAGCCCCCGACUCCGGAGGGCACGCCGCUGUUGACGAGGAAGCUGGUA